UUCGAUUAUUGCAUGUCAUUGCCAUCCGUAACACCACAUGAAAUAGUACACAUUGCGUUGGUGCCAUGGCUAUGCCGAAUAUUUCCGAGAUUUUAUUUUUAUUUUUAUUUAUUUUAGUGGUGAAAAAUGAAGCAGCAAGAAUAUUAGCAAUAUAUCCAACACCGUCUAUCAGCCACCAAGUAGCGUUUCGACCGCUGACACUCGAACUGAUCAAAAGAGGCCAUGAAGUGGUAGUUAUAACGACAGAUCCUAUAUUCCGGAAAGGUGAAGGUCCAACUAAUUUGACAGAGAUUGACGUCCACGAUGUGUCAUAUAAUCCUCUUUCCUCCAAGGAAAGGAUUGUUGGAAGCGGAUCUUACGCACGGAAGUAAAAACGAUAUGAUCCCUCAAAUGAAAGUGAUGUUUAAAUUGCUCUUAAAGAUAACUGAGGUUCAGUUGCAUCAUGAGGAAAUCAAAAACAUACUAAAAGGCAACAUGAAUUUUGACCUUUUGAUUCAUGAAGCGUUCUGCUUGUCAAACUUAGCUUUUGCGCAUGUCUUGAAAGUGCCCGUGAUACAGAUAAGUUCUCUGGGAGCGGUUCACGAUGUGACGACUAUCGUCGGGGCGCCGAACCAUCCAUUGUUGUACCCAGAUCUUAUGCAACAGAAAAUUUUCAAACUGUCGUUUUGGGACAAAUUGAAUAACCUAUACUUUAAUUACCAAGUCAAUUCAAUGUCGCAAAGUUUAGAAAGAGGGAUGGAAGAUUUAGUCAAGAAAGAAUUUGGUCCACAUGUGCCCGCUAUGAGUGAAUUAAAGAAAAAUGUCGAUUUAGUGAUGCUGAAUGUACAUUCGCUUUGGGAGAUGAAUCGCCCUACGCCGCCCAAUAUGAUUUACUUGGGAGGUUUACAUUUGAAACCUGAGAAGGAGUUACCUAAUGAUAUCAAAUCGUAUCUCGAUUCAUCGAAAAACGGCGUCAUUUACAUAAGUUUUGGGACCAACGUCGAGCCGGCUCUGCUGCCUCCGCAAAAAAUCCAAGCCCUCAUAAAUGUGUUCUCCAAACUCCCAUACGACAUAUUGUGGAAGUGGAACAGAGAUGAAUUGCCGGGCCGUAGCAAAAACAUCAGAAUAUCAAAAUGGCUGCCGCAAGCCGACCUAUUAAGACACCCUAAAGUUAAACUGUUCAUCACUCAAGGAGGUUUGCAGUCCACCGACGAAGCUAUAGUGGCUGGGGUUCCGAUGAUCGGUUUCCCGAUGUUGGGAGAUCAGUGGUAUAACGUUGAACAAUACGUGCACCACGGUAUCGGCUUACAAAUGGACAUGGAAACUUUAGAGGAGGAUAAAUUCAGAAACGCCAUCAAUGAAGUUCUGAAUAAUGACAGUUAUCGACGCAACAUCAGGCGUCUCAGGACUUUAAUACAAGACCAGCCCCAGACCUCGCUGCAGCGUGCCGUGUGGUGGACGGAGUACGUCAUCAGACACAGAGGCGCACGGCACCUGCGCUCUCCUGCUGCCAACAUUACCUGGGCGGAGUACCUGGAAUUAGAACUCGUAUUCUACGUACUUGCAGCAUGCUCUGCUUUUCUCGCAGCUUUAAUUUUUAUUGUUAAUAAAGUAUCAAAAAUGGUGAGGCUAAGUAUAAAGUUGAAAUCUAGUUAGGUAGAAUCGAUAUUUUAUGUAAUAAUUAUUGUAAAUAGGACGAGUUAGAUAUUGUUCUUUAAAGGUUUGACAAAGAAUCUGUUUUAAAUUCUUUGUUGAUAAGUCAAGAAAGUGAUAUAGUAAUUAAAAGAAAGUGAGCGUCGUUGUGUUUAAGUGUACUUAUAGUCUUUUAGUAGUAUUAAUGUUAUUGUCAAUAUUGCCAAGUUAAUUUUAAAUUGAUUUUUUAUUCAAUUAUAUUGUAUCACAAAAAUAUGUUGUUUCAAUGAUUUACGACAAGAUAUUUAUGACUUAAUCCUUAUCUUUUAUCAAUUAAAGUUUCAAUCCAAAAUAAAGACAGUUUAGAUAGUAAAUAAUAUUAAAAAUAUUAAUUCUAAAUUUGUUUACUUUGUACACACAAUAAAAUAUUUCAGAAACAAGAGAUAUGUACAAUACAUACAUAUACAAUAUAACAAAUAAAGAACUGAAACUCUUGAUUUUUGGAGUCAUUCAUAGCUAAUUAGGUAUAAGAUUAAAACAAAAGGUACUCUAAAUAAUUGUUAUCAUCAUUACUGUUUAAAGUACCCUAUUAAACGCAAAUAAAUGGUAUUAUUUGAUUUUAAAUGCUCAUAAAUUGCCUGUGGAUAUGACUAACGACCUAACUUUAGGUUUUUUGAGAAUCCCUCAGCGACAUAACAAUAUUUGGGGAUAAAAAGUAUCCAAUGUCUCAAUCCAGGUUAUAAACAUUAUGCGUAUUAAAUUUCAUCCCAAUCCGAUAAAUAGUUUUCUUGCGUGAUGAAGUAACAAAACAUACAAUUUGUGAAUUUCUCUAAGCCUAAAGGUUGACUGGCAGAGAAUGCCUUUAGCGUUAAGUCCGCCUGUUGUCCAUUUUUGUAAUUGUGGCAAUAAAGUUUAAAUAAAUAAAAUACAAAAUUUCACUUUUAAAAUAUUAGUAGGAAGUAGGAUAAAAUAUACAUAUUAUUUGUAUCAGCAUAAUGUAUACUAUCCGUUACCCUAGUAUCCAAUAACAACUUUCAGUGCUUACUCCGGGGCUAGACUAAUUGGUAGGUUUGGAAAUAUUUAUUUAUUUCAUUUACUAAGUUAAUGUUAAAUUAAAAACGAUUUAAAAUACUACAAAACUACUAGUAAGUCGAUUUAUACAUUUAGGGGUUCGUUCAGUGUUUCAUACACUUUACCAUCGCAAUGCUGUCGGUUAUAAAGAGAGGUAGGGGCUGUACACAUACACACACAUUAAAACGUACUCUUGCUACGUGAAUUUUAGAUGUAUUGCAAUGGCAUAAGAUACACAAAGAACCAUUUUAUGGGAUUUACAAAAGCCUGUUCCCUUAAGUUUACACAGGAAAUGCAUUACGCAUGUUCCGUUGGUUGCGAAACCUCAUUUUGCUACUACCAAAACAGAGCUGCUGGGAUUAAUUAGGAAAUUAUUAUUGUAUUUAUAGUAAAAUCUUAGAUUUUAUAUUUAUUAUUAUUUUAAAAAACAUGUAUUUCUGAAACGUAAGUACGCACAUAACUUUUGAAAGACUGUACCGAACUGGAAAAUUAUUUUUCUGUAGUGUUCGUUAAUGUCAGUACAAGGUUUAUACGAAGGACUUUUUUUAUAAUGUACCGAAGAAGCCGGACAAACCACCAAGUCUGUAUUUAUAAAAGGCAACCGUUACUGACUAUUUUAUGAAGGCAUAGCACAAAUCACUGAAUGGAUUGCGUUGAAAUUUGGUACACAGAUAGCUAUUAUGCUGUUGACGUGCGUUAAGGAAGGAUUUUUCAAAACUCACCCCCUGUAGGAGUAAUAUGGGAAUUCAUAGUUUGUAUGGAGCACCAAGAUCGCGUUACGCACCUUUAAAUAAAGUUUUGUAGAAUUUGAUUGUGUUCAUUGAUUCAUUCAUCAAUUCAAUUCAAUUGAUCAAUUCAAUAUCAAAUCUAACGCGAGCGAAAACGCGGACAAAAGCUAGUUUAUAAUGGAGAUACAAAACAAUUAAUAGUGUAUAGUUUAGUAAGUAAGUAAAAUAAGAAUAAGUAGAAUAGGUUCCUAAGUUUAUACUAACGCUAAAACAUGACUAUGUUUUUUUAUCAGGCAGGACAUGUUUCGUCGGGUCCAAUAGUUAAACAUGUUUUCCAUGAUAUCAAAGAGUAAUAAUGACCACACUUAUAACAAGUGAGCCAAAAUACUAAUUCAUGAUACGAUAUCUAUUUUGUAAAAAAAAGUAAAGUACAACAGACAAUAAACUAAAC